UAAGUUAUACAUCUGCAGCUAUGGAUGAUAAGAAUGAAAAUUUGCUACCAUCCCCACCUAGCCAGCUGUUAUCAAUUGAUGAGGAAAUUUGGAAGAUGGUUGAAGAGAGGGCCCAAGAGAUACUAUGGACAAUUGAACCAAAUCUAUUAUCUGAGGAGAACAGAAAGGAUGUUAUUGAUUAUGUUCGGAGCCUAAUAGGAGAUUACUAUGGAGCACAUGUCUUGCCAUUCGGUUCUGUUCCACUAAAAACUUACCUUCCUGAUGGAGAUAUUGACUUGACAGCUCUUAGUCACGAAGAUACAGAGGAGGAUUUGGCCAUAACAGUGUGCAGUAUACUUGAAAGAGAAGAUGACCCUGAAUACCAAAUAAAAGACAUACAACAUAUACCUGCACAGGUCCAGCUUGUGAAAUGUACAGUGAAAAAUAUACCAGUUGACAUCUCUUUCAAUCAGAUGAUUGGAUUCUAUACUAUACACUUUUUGGAGCAGGUUGAUCAGCUUGUUGGAAAGAACCAUCUCUUCAAACGCAGUAUUAUCUUAAUCAAAGCUUGGUGCUAUUAUGAAAGCCGAAUUCUUGGUGCACACCAUGGACUGUUAUCAACGUAUGCGAUAGAAAUACUGGUCUUGUAUAUCGUCAAUCGUUUUCAUUCGUCACUGCGUGGUCCUCUGGAGGUUCUAUACAUAUUCUUGGACUACUACGGUUCAUUUGACUGGGACCGUAAUUAUGCUAGUAUAUGGGGUCCAAAAGCCUUAUCCUCACUUCCUGAAAUUGUUGAAACACCAGAAUGUGAUCAGAGUGGAUUCUUGCUCAAGAAAGAGUUUCUCAAAAAGCACAGGGAUAUGUGCUCUUCUAGCAUAAGAGCAUCGGAGACAGUGACUCCUGAAUUUCCCGUUAAGCUGAUGAACAUCUUGGAUCCUCUAAGAAAUGAUAACAAUGUUGGUCGUUGUGUCAACUUAGCCAAUUUACAUCGAAUAAGGUUAGCUCUUUCCUAUGGUGGUCGAAGGCUGAAGCAGGCCCUCACACUUCCAGGAGAAAACAUGGGUUCAGCACUUGAGAAGUUUUUCUUCUGUACUUUGGAAAGGAAUGGGAAAGGAGAAAGGGCAGAUGUUGACAUUCCUGUUUGUCCAUUUGGUACUGGAAGAUCUGAAGGGUCUGUCCUGGAUGGAGACCAUGCCAGUUACUCUUUUGACUCACAAUAUGUUCAGCUAUAUCCCAAUUAUUCCAUGCCAGUAACAACUGUGCAUUCCAAUUCUCCAUCUCCACCUUCUCACGAUGACAUGCUUGCCCUAUCAACCCAGCAAAACUGGAGUGGAGGUGAUUUCCUGACAUCACAACAAAACUGGAGCAUGUUUUAUCAAAGUGGUAGCAAUGUAUACAUCCCAGGACCGACACUGUAUCAUCCAACUUACAGCCUUGAUGAAGGAAUAAAAUCACGAGGAACAGGCACAUAUAUACCUGACUUGAACUAUUACUCCUACUGGGAUAUACGCGUAAAUGAGAACUGGCCAAGGAAAAUUCCCAUUGUAAAGAACAAUGCAUAUCCAAAAUCACAUCCUACAGAGCAACUAGUAGAGGAGGUUCAUUCUGAGACAAAUUUGAAUGCUAACUCAACGCCGUUUGAGUUCACAAAAGAAGACUUCCCCCUUCUUCUAGGCAUUCCCAAGGCUACACUUCCAAAACAAGAACAAGCAUCUGCUUCAAUAGCAAAGGCAUGUUCUGAGACAGACAAGGGUGGUGAUUCUAUGUUGUCUGAGCUCUCAAGUGAAGAUUUGUCCCCCCUUCUUCCAUGCUUUCGCAAGGAUACACCACCAUUGGAAAAUGCUCAUACUGAGACGGACAUGGGUAGCAAUUCGCAGUCUUUUGAGCUCUCAAACGAAGAUUUCCCCCUUCUUCCAAAGCUUUCUUCUGAGACACGCAAGGAUGGCAAGUCAAAGUCAUUUGAACUCUCAAAGAAAGAUUUUCCUCUUCUUCGAUCUUCACUGAAGACUGUCCCGUCAGAGUUUGCAAAGUUAACCAAGCAAGCUAAGAGUUUCACAUCCUCUAAACUGAAAAACAUGGAGUUUGGAACUUUCAAGUAUUCAGAUUCAUUGAAGGUACAAAGUUUGCCAACAAAGAGUAAGAAAGAAGAUUGUGGUGUUUCAUUAUCUCAAAAAACUGUAAUGGUGAUCCCUGAAGGUGGCAAGUGAGAGGCAAGACCAGAAGAUGGGUUGACAUUGUUAACAUGGAUAUUUUAGAGAAUGAGUCUGCAGAGUUGUAAUGU